UCCUGAGGAAGUUUAGAUGACUCUUGUGUUGAAGAUAAAUCUCCAUGUUGUAACAUGAACUACUACAGAGGAGGUUUUAAAUCCUUUGCCAGGUGUUUCUACGUCUGUCUGUCCCAACCGUGAGGCUGCAGUCAGGAAACUUUACAGCUGUGUAGUUGAGAUCUAAAUGAAGCUGAGUUUGAAGAUGGGGGGUCUGAGCCUUUCUCCUGCUGUCAGAAAACACACCGUCGUCUCCACCAGCGUAAAGUCAGACACAACAGGACUCUACUGUUUCCUCUGGGACCUUUCAGAAUAAAAUGUAGUGACCUAAAUGCCUCUGUUACUGUUGUAGUGAUGUGUGGAGGAGGAGAAGUGUCUUUAAUGUCAUUGUUUUUAACGUCUCAGGCAGGGUUUCUCUACCAUUGGAGCCGUUUUAGGUACCACCUAACUGAAUUAAUGUGAAGUCAAUCCCUUCCUGCCUGCUUCCUGACAGGUGGAGCUGGGACUGAUUCCAGGAAACAGCUCACCUGAUUUCUCUCCAGGUGGAGAGCGACCCUCUUCUUCAUCAACUCUUCUUCAUCAACUCUUCUUCAUCAACUCUUCUUCAUCAACUCUUUGGACUGUUUGAAGAAACUGACCCAUCAGAGACCAGACCCUGCUGAACCUGGACCUGAACCUGAACCCAGCUGUGUGUCCAUGAAGAGUCACCGCUAGCUUGAAAAAAAGACCUGUAAAGGAGAGGCGAGUAGAAAUGGAGGAGAGAGGAUUGAUGGAGAGACUUGAAAGGCAGAAGGAGCAAAUUGAAAGGGAAAUUGAAAUGUUAAGAAGAAGAAGAUUGAGGACGCAGCAGAGACCAGAGUCUCCUGAACCUGAACCUGAACCCAGUUGUGUGUCCUUCAAGAGUGACCGGUCAUAUGAUUUCUAUAUUAACUUUAAAGGAGAGCAACCCUCUGCUGAAAAGAGGAUCCAUCAAAGACCAGACUCUGAACCCAGCUGUGUGUCCUUUAAGAGUGACCGGUCAAAAGAUCUCUAUAUUGAAUUUAAAGGUCAACAUUCCUCUGCUGGAAAGAGGAUCCAUCAAAGACCAGACUCUGCUGAACCUGAACCCAGCUGUGUGUCCUUUAAGAGUGACUGGUCAUGUGAUCUCUAUAUUGACUUCAAAGGUCAACAUUCCUCUGCUGGAAAGAGGAUCCAUCAAAGACCAGACUCUGCUGAACCUGAACCCAGCUGUGUGUCCUUCAAGAGUGACCAGUCAUAUGAUUACUAUAUUGACUUUAAAGGUCAACAUUCCUCUGUUGGAAAGAGAGUGGACCAGGAGAGCUCAGAGGUUCCCAUUGGUCAGUCUGCCCAGCAGCAUCAAACACACCUGGACUCCAUUUAUAUGCUGCUGGAGGACAACAUCUUCACUUUUGUGAAGAACGAGCUGAAGAAGAUCCAGAAGAUUCUGAGUCAGGAUUACCCAGAAUGCUCAGAGAGUCAGUGGGAGGAUGAGGAUGAAGAGCAUAGGAGCAGCAGAGAGGCAUUUCUGAAGAUCACACUGCACUUCCUGAGGAGAAUGAAGCAGGAUGAGCUGGCUGACUGUCUGCAGAGCAGAAGUUCAGCUGGAGUUUGUAAGCGUAAACUCAAAUCUAAACUAAACAAGAAGUUCCAGUGUGUGUUUGAGGGGAUUGCUAAAGAAGGAAACCCAACCCUUCUGAAUCAGAUGUUCACAGAGAUCUACAUCACAAAGGGAGGGACUGCAGAGGUCAAUGCUGAACAUGAGGUCAGACAGAUUGAAACAGCAUCCAGGAAACCAGACAGACCAGAAACAACAAUCAUAUGUAAAGACAUCUUUAAAACCCCACCUGGAAGAGAUGAACCAAUCAGAACAGUGCUGACAAAGGGAGUGGCUGGCAUCGGGAAAACAGUCUUAACACAGAAGUUCACUCUGGACUGGGCUGAAGACAAAGUUAACCAGGACAUCCAGUUCACAUUUCCAUUCACCUUCAGAGAGCUGAAUGUGCUGAAAAAGAAAAAGUACAGCUUGGUGGAACUUGUUGAUUACUUCUUUAGUGAAACCAAAGAAGCAGGAAUCUGCAGGUUUGAAGAGUUACCGGUUGUGUUCAUCUUUGACGGUCUGGAUGAGUGUCGACUUCCUCUGGACUUCCUCAACACUGAGAUCCUGACUGAUGUAACAGAGUCCACCUCAGUGGGUGUGCUGCUGACAAACCUCAUCAGGGGGAAUCUGCUUCCCUCUGCUCGCCUCUGGAUAACCACACGACCUGCAGCAGCCAAUCAGAUCCCUCCUGGGUGUGUUGACAUGGUGACAGAGGUCAGAGGGUUCACUGACCCUCAGAAGGAGGAGUACUUCAGGAAGAGAUUCAGAGAUGAGGAGCAGGCCAGCAGAAUCAUCUCCCACAUCAAGAAAUCACGAAGCCUCCACAUCAUGUGCCACAUCCCAGUCUUCUGCUGGAUCACUGCUACAGUUCUGGAGGACGUGUUGAAGACCAGAGAGGGAGGAGAGCUGCCCAAGACCCUGACUGAGAUGUACAUCCACUUCCUGGUGGUUCAGUCCAAAGUGAAGAACAUCAAGUAUGAUGGAGGAGCUGAGACAGAUCCACACUGGAGUCCAGAGAGCAGGAAGAUGAUCAAGUCUCUGGGGAAACUGGCUUUUGAGCAGCUGCAGAAAGGCAACCUGAUCUUCUAUGAAUCAGACCUGACAGAGUGUGGCAUCGAUAUCACAGCAGCCUCAGUGUACUCAGGAGUGUUCACACAGAUCUUUAAAGAGGAGAGAGGACUGUACCAGGACAAGGUGUUCUGCUUCGUCCAUCUGAGUGUUCAGGAGUUUCUGGCUGCUCUUCAUGUCCAUCUGACAUUCACCAACUCUGGAGUCAACCUGCUGUCAGAAGAACAAACAACAUCAUGGCUGCCUAAAGUCUUCAAAGAAAAACUAAAACAUCUCCACCAGAGUGCUGUGGACAAGGCCUUACAAAGUCCAAAUGGACACCUGGACUUGUUCCUCCGCUUCCUCCUGGGUCUUUCACUGCAGACCAAUCAGAGUCUCCUACGAGGUCUGCUGACACAGACAGGAAGUAGCUCAGAGACGAAUCAGGAAACAGUCAAGUACAUCAAGAAGAAGAUCAGUGAGAAUCUGUCUGCAGAGAGAAGCAUCAAUCUGUUCCACUGUCUGAAUGAACUGAAUGAUCGUUCUCUAGUGGAGCAGAUCCAACAGUCCCUGAGUUCAGGACGUCUCUCCACAGAUAAACUGUCUCCUGCUCAGUGGUCAGCUCUGGUCUUCAUCUUACUGUCAUCAGAAGAAGAUCUGGAUGUGUUUGACCUGAAGAAAUACUCUGCUUCAGAGGAGGCUCUUCUGAGGCUGCUGCCAGUGGUCAAAGCCUCCAACAAAGCUCUACUGAGUGGCUGUAAUCUGUCAGAGAGAAGUUGUGAAGCUCUGUCCUCACUUCUCAGCUCCCAGUCCUCUAGUCUGAGAGAGCUGGACCUGAGUAACAACAAGCUGCAGGAUUCAGGGGUGAAGCUGAUCUCUGAUGGACUGAAGAGUCUACACUUCACACUGGAAACUCUCAGGUUGAGUGGCUGUAAUCUGUCAGAGAGAAGCUGUGAUGCUCUGUCCUCAGUUCUCAGCUCCCAGUCCUCUAGUCUGAGAGAGCUGGACCUGAGUAACAACGAGCUGCAGGAUUCAGGAGUGAAGCUGAUCUCUGAUGGACUGAAGAGUCCACAUUGCACACUGGAAACUCUCAGGGUGGAGCCUGCUGGAGUCAGAUGGUUGACACCAGGUCUGAGGAAGUAUUCCUGUGAACUCACACUGGACACAAACACAGUGAACAGAAAACUCAAACUGUCUGACAACAACAGGAAGGUGACAUUAGUGGAGGAGGAUCAGCCAUAUCCUGAUCAUCCAGAGAGGUUUGACUACUGGUAUCAGCUGCUGUGUAGGGAUGGUCUGACUGGUCGCUGUUACUGGGAGGUCCAGAGGAGAGGAGGGGUUGAUAUAUCAGUGAGUUACAGAGGAAUCAGGAGGAGAGGAGACAGUGUUGACUGUGUGUUUGGAUGUAAUGAUCAGUCCUGGAGUCUGAUCUGCUCUGAUGAUGGUUACUCUGUCCUUCACAAUAACAGAGGAACAUCCAUCUCCUCCUCCUCUGUCUCUGGUAGAGUAGCAGUGUAUGUGGACUGUCCUGCUGGCUCUCUGUCCUUCUACACAGUCUCCUCUGACUCACUGAUCCACCUCCACACCUUCAACACCACAUUCACUCAGCCUCUCUAUCCUGGGUUUGGGUUCUGGUCUUCUGGUUCCUCAGUGUCUCUGUGUCCUCUGUAGGACGGAGAGUCUCCUCCUGUUUCUCACUGCUGAUCAGUUGAGUCUGUACAGGAUCACACUUACAGAAAUACUUCAGG